GCAGCCGUGGCUCCAGGAUGGUGAGCGCCGCUGGCCCCCAGUCCCGGCCGGUCGCCCCCGGCCCGCACCCCCGUCCCCGUCCCCGGGCCGGACGUCCCCCCGGGCCGCGCACACUCACCUAGGACCCGGCCGGGAUGCCGAGCUCUGUCGAAGAUGCACUGGACACCGGAACACGCCCAGCCUCUCAACCAGUGGCCAGAGCAGCACCUGGACGUCUCCUCUACCACACCGUCGCCAGCCCACAAGUUGGAGCUGCCCCCAGGGAGUCGUCAGCGCUGCCACUAUGCUUGGGCACACGACGACAUCUCUGCCCUCACUGCCUCCAACCUCCUCAAGCGCUACGCAGAGAAGUAUUCUGGGGUCCUGGACUCACCCUACGAGCGCCCAGCCCUGGGCGGCUACGGUGAUGCCUCCUUCCUCAAUGGCGCCAAGGGAGACACGGAGCCCUGGCCAGGGCCGGAGCCACCCUACCCCUUGGCCUCGCUCCACGAGGGCCUCCCAGGAACUAAAUCGGGUGGCGGGGGCGGAUCCGCAGGCCUCGGAGGCUCCCCGGUUUUAGCCGGGAACCUGUCUGAGCCCCUGUACGCCGGCAACGCGUGCGGAGGCCCGUCGGCGGCGCCCGAGUUCGCGGCGGGCUAUGGCGGGGGCUACCUGGCACCUGGGUACUGUGCGCAGACGGGGACUACGCUGCCUCCGCCGCCCCCAGCCGCGCUCCUGCAGCCCGCGCCCCCGCCGGGGUAUGGCCACUCUGCGCCUCUGUACAACUACCCUGCGGGCGGCUACGCAGCUCAGCCAGGUUACGGCGCGCUCCCGCCCCCGGCCGCGCCUCCGACCCCCUACCUGCCCUCGGGUCUGCCCGCGCCCACGCCCCUGCCCGCGCCGCCCCGCCCCGCGCCCACCUCCUACGGCUUCCAGGCGCCCACUGCGGGAGCAGAAGCCGGCGUGUCGCUGAAGCGCAAGGCGGCAGACGAGAGCGCGGAGGGCCGCUACCGCAAGUACGUUUAUGAGCCAGCCAAGGACCCUGCGGCCGACGGCGCCUCCUACCCCGCCGCAGACGACGGCGAGUGUCGGGGAAACGGGUUCCGGGCAAAGCCGCCAGGGGCCGCGGAGGAGGCGUCGAGCAAGUACGGCGGCGGCGUUCCUCUCAAGGCCCUGGGCUCCUCUGUUUACGGCCCACAGCUCGAGCCCUUUGAAAAGUUCCCGGAUCGGGCUCCACCCCCGGCUCCCCGUGGGAGCUUCGCAGUGCUCUCGGGGGAGCCCCCCAAAGGCGUGGACGCCGGGGCGCUGGAGCUGGUAACGAGCAAGAUGGUGGACUGUGGGCCGCCCGUGCAGUGGGCAGACGUGGCGGGUCAGGGUGCGCUCAAGGCUGCGCUAGAGGAGGAGCUGGUGUGGCCCCUGCUCAGGCCUCCGGCCUACGCCGGUAGCCCGCGUCCGCCGCGGACCGUGCUUCUGUUCGGGCCUCGGGGCACAGGCAAAGCGCUGCUGGGCCGAUGCCUGGCCACACAGCUGGGCGCCACGCUGCUGCGCCUGCGCGGUGCAAACCUGGCGGCGCAGGGCCCAGCCGAAGGCGCGCGUCUCCUUCAGGCCGCCUUCGCGGCUGCGCGCUGCCGCGCGCCGGCAGUGGUCCUCAUCUGCGAGCUGGACGCUUUGCUCCCAGCCCGGGACGACGGCGCCGGAGCCCCAGGUGCUCUGCAGUCCCAGCUCCUGGCCUGUCUGGACAGCGGCUGCAGCACGCGGGCCGACGGCGUGCUGGUGGUGGGAACUACCUCGCGGCCCGCGGCUCUGGACGAGGGGACCCGCCGGCGCUUUGCCCUCCGCUUCUACGUAGCGCUACCGGACAGCCCGGCCCGCGGGCAGAUUCUGCAGCGGGCGCUAGCUCAGCAGGGCUGUGCGCUGAGCGAGCGGGAGCUUUCGGCCCUAGUGCAGAGCACCCAGGGCUUCUCCGGGGGCGAGCUGGGGCAGCUGUGCCAGCAGGCGGCGGCCGGGGCGGGCCUCCCGGGGCUGCAGUGCCCCCUCUCGUACAAGGAUUUGGAGGUGGCGCUAGCCAAGGUGGGCCCGAGGGCCUCCCCCAAGGAGCUGGACUCGUUCGUGGAGUGGGACAAAAUGUAUGGCUCCGGACACUGAUGGCGCACGGGGGAGGCCGAGGGAGCCGCUUCUGCUUGGAGCGAAUGUCUUUAAGCAAACCGGGCCAGGAGGGUGCCGGAGUGGCGCAUGUCAGGUGGGGGACAGGACUGCUCAGCUGGUGGAUUUGUUUUUCAUAGGAAGGAAAAUGCUUCUGCCAGACAGACUGAUGCCGUGUGCGCCGUGUACUCAGGUUUUUCCUAUUUAUUUUAGACGGGAAGCUCGCCAUCUCCGCCCUGCGGAAGGGGCAGACCCUGUAGGGGCUAAUACCCGGGCCUAAGGAGCUCCUGCUCUGCUUUUGUCUCCUCACUCUCUGAAUGGCACCCCACACCUCCCCCACUCCCAUGUCUCUGCAUUUGCUUAGUCUUUCCCGUCGCUUUGUCACUGACCUCCCCCACCACGCUGUCGCAGUUCCUCUUCUGCUCCUCCCUCCUGUCCCCACCUCUCCAUCUAUCACUCUCUGUGCUUCUGUCUAUACCCUGUGCUUGGGCGUCCCUGUGCUUCUUGGACCCUGUGCUUUAAUGCCCCUCCCUGCCUUCUGUCCCUCUUCACACUGCAGUGUCCUUUUGCAGGAGAUCUGGAGGCCCAGGGCUGAGGAGGAAGGAGUAGGGAACCCCCUUCCUACUCCCUUAUCCCUUACCCAGCUGAAAAUUUGGGUCUGGGGGAGGGGGACAAGCCAAAACAAACCAAACUCCCCCCCCCAAAGAAGAGUUUUGGGGGUUUGUUUUGAGGGGAAGUCCCAGAAACGUAGCUUAAUAUUUUAGGCCUUUUAUUUUUGUAAGGUGUAGAAUUUGCUGUUUUUCUUUUUUCUUUUGAUAACUCAGGAAGAAACUGACCUCAGAAAGAAUGUUGGACUUUGGCUGCUCUCCUGUGUCCCCCACCCUCCACCCCAGGGGAGAAAAUUCUCCCAGAAGAUUCAGAAAGAGACUUGUGGGGAGGGUAGAGGAAGACCCAGAUCCUCACUCAGACCUGGGUUGUUCCUGGGCCAGAAGCAGAAUGUAUUUCUAAGGGCUUCCUUCUCCCCAGUUUCCAGCCUGCAGGUAGGGGUGCCCUGGAGGGAUGUGGGAUUUGAAGGAGGUGGACCUUGCUUCCUUUCUGCUGCUCUUCCCUCUGCGCCCCACCCAGCAGUUUCAACUUUUCCGUGAGAGGUUAUCCAAAGUUGGGGUUUCCUUGCUCAUUUCUCCUAGCAAGAGUGCUCUAAAUAGGAAAGUAGUACGGGCCGCAAGGAGGCCAUCCGCCCUCCCCCUGCCUUGGCAGAGGUCCCCAGUUGCUUAGGUUAAGAGCAUCAUUGCCUUAGGAGGGAAGAUGGUCUGGUCGCAAGUAUGGGUCAACACAAUUGACUGCUUACUAGCUUUCCAGCUGCCCUCUGUGCCUGGGUCUGUGGGGAGGGGUGAGUGUGGGGCUGGCAGGGUGGGGAAUGCAGUCCCAGGGCGGGCAGGAUAUUUUUCCUUCACAUGGGAGUGGGGUUAGUGUGUGUGUAGCAGGGGUCUCCAGACAGCUUGAAGCCCUUUUCUCUGGGAAACAUGCUCCUCUCCUUCCCACCAGUUUUCCUUGAUGGGGCUUCACCUCCCCUCAUAACUCUGAGUUUUGGUCCAAAGAGAAGAAUACCCUCCCAUCUCCUUUCUCUCCCCCUCCCAACCUCCAUUGUGGUACCUUGCCUGCCCUUAUAGCUCCUACAGUCUUACCACUUUGCUCUCCUAAUGGAUGUAUGUGGAGGGGUUUCCAUGGGGCAUUUCAGGGGCCAGGAUGCAGAGGGCUAGUGCUGGCCUAAGUGCUAAACAAAAAAGCUGCUGUGUCUCCCUCUCCUCACCCUUGGCUGUCUUCUGACCCUCCUUAGCUGAUCCAUUGCUGGGCUUGGUGCCUCCGAAGCAGUGGCUACACGAUUUGCUGCAAAACCCCCCCAGAGGGAGCAGGCAGUGAGGGGGUUCUCUCUCAGGUGUGUGGGUGGCAGGGAAAUGGUGUUGGGAUCCCAGCCUGCCCUUCAAAGGCAGGUAGCCCUGGAUGUGGGCAGGAACUCUUCGGGCCCCUGCUGCUUCCUCUGCUGGGAGCUUCCUAUUCCCCAGGCUUGGGAAGGUUUGCACAAGAAGACAGCCCCCAGUCUACUGUCACCUACCUCAGGGGCACAGGGUGGGAAGGGUAGGGAAGGUCCAGCACUGGUGAUGUGGGGGGCAUACCAAAGAAUCCAGGGGCAUGAUACUGGGGAGGGUGAGCUGGCCAUCUGCUUUCUCUACCCAGAUUGGGGUUGGGAUCCUCUCCUCCAGCUGUAACCAUUUCUACCUCAUUUUUGCUGUGUGUUGUACAUGGACAUAUUUAUCUCCUGUCUGAUGAUGCUCUGCAGUUGUGGUCUGUCUACCUCAGAAGAGACUGUAUUUUAAAAGAAAGUAUUACACAGUAUUAAAGUGAUAACGUGG